GGCGGGACGAGACCCCUCCGCCGGGGCGCCGGAGCCUGCGGGGGGCGGCGGCAGCCCCCGCGCUCCGUGCCCGGGACACGGCCCGGCCCGCCCCGGGGCCGAGCAGCGGGGCGGGGUUCGCCGGCGGGAGGUGGCGGCGGAGCGCGGCGCGGUGGGUCCGGCGGGCGCGAUGGAGCCGUCUGAGGGCUGGGACCCGUACGGGCGGCCGGCGCGGCGCACGCAGUGGCUGGUGAGCGCCCUGGCCUACCACUACGGGCUGGACCGCGGCGUGGAGAACGAGAUCGUGGUGCUGGCCACCGGGCUGGACCAGUACCUGCAGGAGAUCUUCCACCACCUGGACUGCGCCGGGGCCGGCCGGAUCCCGGGCGAGGACUUCCGGACGCUGUGCCAGGUGCUGGGGCUGGAGGAGGCGGCGGAGGCGGCGGCCGACCCCGAGGAGUGCGCGGAACUGUGGGAGGGCCUGUCCGCCGAGCUCACCUUCCGCCAGUUCCACGCCCGCCUCUGCGGCUACUUCAGCACCAAGGCGGGCGGCCCGCGCCGCGCCGUGCCGCGCCUGCCGCUGGGCCGCGAGAGCGAGCACAUCGAGACCCAGAUCCGGCUGCGCAGCCCCCGCCGCCGCCGCAGGGACCCGCCCGGGCCCGCGGCACCGGCCCGGCCCGGCGGCGGGGAGGCGGCGGAGCGGCGGCCCGCGGGGCCCUGCUCGCGGGAGUGCUACGAGGAGAUCGUGGCGCUGGAGCAGGCCGAGGACCGCAUCGCCAAGCUGGAGGAGGAGAACGGGAGCCUGCGGGAGCUGGUGGAGGACAUGCGGGCCGCCCUGCAGAGCAGCGACGCGCGGUGCCUGGCCCUGCAGGUAGGACUGCGGAAGAGCCACGCUAACCAUAAGGAAGAGGGGACCUGUUUUAUAGGGUGCAAGAGACCGUUAACACAGAACCACUCCCAGACCAAGUGCCUUCAAAGUGUACUGAAGGAAGUGGAACUCAUCCGGAGCUCCAGGGAUGGGCAAAUAGAAGAAGCAAUUAGGUUCAAUCAGGAGCUGGAAAGAGAGCUGAAGAGCUCUCAGGAAGCUCUGGUCAAUCUGGAGGACUGCAACCGUCACCUGAAGAGGGAACAAGCAGAAAUGAGGAAGAAGGUGGAAGAGGCGAGACACGCUGUCCUUAACAGUCUUGGCAAAGUGAAGGAGCUGGAAGUGAAAGCCAACGAGGUGCCACAUCUGCAAGUAUACAUCCAGCAGCUGGAAUCGGAACUGCAGCACUACAGGUCAGAACGGGUGAGAUUGCAGCUUCCCUCAAGCAGCAGCCCAGAGCAGAAGGAGGGAGCAGCCCUACCAGAUGGGAGAUGCUGCCUGGCUGUCGAACAACAGGACCGGCGCUCGCCCACCGGCGGGGCUGGGGCUUCUGAGAACGAGGAUCAGCUGUUCCGUGCUGUGGAGGGCCAGGCUGCCUCUGAUGAGGAAGAAGAGAAGUGGGCAGGAGACCAGCCCGCCCAGGUGGACCACAUGAAGAAGAUACUGGCCAAGCUCCCCUGCUGUGCCAGUGGGUGUGAUGAAAAGAUGUGGAAAAAGCUAAUGUCUUACCUGGAGACCACCAAUAGUGAUGGCCGUGAAGCAGCGCCUGUGGAGCUGGCAGAGAGAAUCACACAGCUCACUGAACAGCUCCAGCUGAAAGGGCACGAAGUGCAACAACUGGGAACAAACAUGGAAGAGAUGAAAGGCCCAUUGCUAGGUGAGCUGCAGCAAAAGGUGGAGGAGACCGAAGUGCUGAAGAUGGAGCUGCAGAUGUUGGAGACGGAGAGAGUUAGGCUGUCCCUGGUGGAGGAAAAGCUCAUGGAUGUUUUACAGCUUCUUCAGCAACUUCGAGACUUGAACAUAUCUAAGCGAGCCUUGGGGAAAAUCUUGCUGAGCACUUUGGAAUCCUGCCGGGACCCCCAACCUGGAAAAGCCCACCUAUUUGAAGUCCUAGACACUCUUUACCACGAGCUGGGAGGCUGUGAACUCCUACAAAGCCAGCCUCUGGAGAAAGCACAGAGUCGUCAGGCCUUGUCCAACCCGCUGGUCAUCUCCUGCUGAGCAGCAGUGCCAAGUACACCCAGAAAAACAGUCCUCGUCCCUUCAAAGGCACAUGAGUGAAUAAGAGCUCCGUGAUGGAGCAGAGCAACAGAAUAAUCCAGCCAUGAAACUGGAGGCAGACUGCUUCUGGGAAGAGCACCAGUGCCUCAGCUAACGUCAAAGCCCCCCCUCGCAUCCGGAGUGGUCCCACGCUGUGAGGAUCAUGUAGCAAUGUCUGUCUGUGACACACAUCCUUGUGUGAUAGCCUGUAACUGUGCCAAUAACCGAAUAAAAACCAUUCCAAACACACAGGCCGGACCUGUGCACGUGUACAGGCCUGGUUGCGCACUGGCUGGGCACAGUUUGUAGCUCAGUUCAAAAGCAAAAUGCAGCCCAUGUUAUCACUGGCAAGUAAACCACUUCCUCAACAUACACGUGACAACACGGCCGCGUUACAGACACAAACAUGAGGGUAUGCCAGCAGUGCAGGUUUAAAGGGCUCGUGUAAAAUGUGUUUGUGUGUCUCUAUUUGUGAUUCAACUAUUCACCUUAUUUAACUCUGAAGUUAGAUUGGUUAUUGCUCUGCUGAAUUCUAUAUUUGCAAUUCUAGAGCUGCCUUAGAAAUCUUCAACAGGCUUUCCUGACAACGGUCUCAGAUUUGACAUGAAAAGCUAAACCCACCUGCUUGACAAAGGUACAAACCAACCUUGUUCGCAGGCCCUCAAGGAAAGGAAGGGCUGAAAAGCUCCCUUUGCAACAGCUGCUGUUGGUGCAUUAGCAAACACCACGGGCAGUACCCACGCUUGUCCUCUCACUUCACUUCCCUCAGUGCAGCUGCAGACACACAAAGCGAGGCCUCACUUCCAGACCAGUUAAUGUGAAACACUGGCCCCAGUCAUGGUGCCACGUUACCCUUUAAUCAGCAAUAAAAUCAUUCCUGAGGGCAAAAGUAAAACCAAAAGUUGCUUCCAAGAUGCUUUUGCUGUUUCAUUCACAGAAACGGAAGCAGCAGAGUUCCUAAAUGACCCAACUGAAGUUAUGUUAUUAAAAAGAUGCAUUGUAUGUCUUUUAAAGAUGUGAAAUGAUUUGCCUGAGAUAACACCAGCAGUGAAAUAAGACCAUUCAACUCA